CCAGUCGCAUGCGCUGCACAAAGAACCGUUUUGCCGACUUCUUGCGCGAAUUCAGGCCUACACAUCAAUGAAAUAAUAACACUUGCUUGAGGCAAUAGACUGGAGAUUUGGACGGUUGUAGCAGCAACGCACGACCAAAGCAAGUGCAAAUGCAAGACUGGCGAGGCCGCCUAGCCGCCCAAGUCUGCUAACAGACAAGUUAAAUCUCACCAUGCAAGAUGCUGUUUGGGGAACAGGCGCGCAGGGGCUCACUGCCUCCCCCAACAAGCGUCGCUCCCCCACGCCCAACGACGCUGGCUCCCCCACGACCCGGGCUCGGCUCGGCUCCGGCUUCCCUGGCUCCUCCUCUGGCCCCGCUUUCCAGCCUUGCUAUAAUUCUGCACCCUUGGGAGCAAGUUGGCAGCGUCAGCCAGGCUGGCAGGCGUGUGGGGCUGCUGGCCCCACCCCCCACCAGCGCGGCGCAGCGGCCUGUGCGUCACCGCCGGCUGGGCUACUAGCGGCCGUAGGCACGCCGCCGCAUGGCGCAGCGGCGCCGGUGGGCAGCAGUAUUCACACCAAUAAUGGAGUGACGGGCAUCACCCCGCUGAUGCGUCGCUGUGACCUGGGUACCGGCUGCGGCCAGGACUCGCCCUUCGCGCCUUCUGCCGCAAGGCCCUGGCCGCAUCCCGCCACCAGCACCGGCCCCGCCGCAGCCCUCACCUCCGUCCCUGCAGCCACCGGCCCCGUCAUCGGUGCCUAUGCUCCUGCUGCGGCGGCGGCAGACGCAACAGGUCGCACGCCCUCGGGCAACUCCUCCACCGCGCCGCUUUCCCCACUACAAUCUCUCAGCGAGAACCCGUACACACCGCCUCGCGCUGCCGCGACGCCAGCGGCUGGGCAAAACCUGCAAUGGGCAUCGGGCUCUGUCCAACCGACUCCUACCAGUACCCCCGGCAUCUCUAGCAGCAUUAACAGCAGUGUCAGUGGCAGUAGCAGUGAGGCGCUUCUGUUGUCGUGUCUGCGCGCUGGUCCUGCCGGCAGUGCGGCCGCCCUGCCGCCCUGUGACGGGCUGGACGGAGCCGCCACACGCCUCCACCUGUACACCAGCCUCCAGCUGCCCACCACGCUGCUGCUAGCGCUGCUGGGGCUGCGACUGGAUGGCGUGCCCAGCGACCUGCUGCGCGGACUGCUGGCAGCGGAGGCGGCGCCCUGCGCGGCCGGGACUGGCGCCGAGGCCGGGUCGGGGCCGCAGCCGCUGCUGGAGGUACUGCGCUUCAUGCUGGUGCGUCAGCAGCAGCAGCAGCAGCAGCUGGCAGGGGCCGCUGGAGGCGGCAGUGCGGAUGGCGGGCGUGGCGGGCAGGCCGCGGCGCGGACGCCGGAGCGCCGUGGCAGCAGCAGCAGCAGUCGUGUGGGCGGUGCAACAGCACCUGGAACGGCACGGGCUGAAGUGGACAUGAGGCUGCGGGUGCGUGGCGCGUGGGACAAGGUCCGGCGUAGUGGCAUGGUGCGAGCGGAGGCGCCUCAUCCUGCUGCUGCGGCGGCGAUGACUGGAGACGGAGCCAACGGCUUGGGAAGCAUGGCAGGCGGGGUGGGCGGGAGGCUGCACUAUGAUGCAGCUGCGCCGCAGAGACCGCCCUACAGGACGGUCGUGGCACGCGCGGAGCUUGUGCGAAGUGUGGAAGCCUCGGAGACCGGCUCUCAGGGCCGGAGGCGCGGCGAGGCUGGCGGCUGGGGCUGUGGCGUGCCGGUUGCAGCUGCUGCCGCCGCGCCCGGCGGGGCGCAAUGGGCCAUUCGGUUAGACUUGGAGGUUUCCACGGAGGGCUGUGUGCUGACUCGUCACCCGCUCUUGGCUGCGCAUGACCGGCUGCUGCGCCUGGAGCUUGCAGACACACACGACCUGUUGGACGAGGACUCCAGGGCUGGCGGCGGCGGCGGCGGGCGCUUGCGGGGCGCGGAGCGGCGGCAGCAGCUGCUGCGGGAGGCGCUGGCGCAGCUGCUAGGUCGGGGCUUUGUGCUCCUGGGCCGAUUGUACAGGUUUCUGAUGUUCAAGGAUGACUCGUUGUGGUGCCUGGCGGUGCGCAGCGCCCGGCCCUCAGACCAGGCCGCCUGGGCGCCCGUGACCAACCCCUUCAGGGAUGCCUGGCCGCUGCUGGGCGCCGCGGGUCUGCUGGGCUCUGUGCAGCAGCAGGCCAGCCGGGCCGAGCUGUGGGCCAGCAAGGCGGUGCCGCUGCCGCUGCACGGCUGGACUGUCAGGUAUGAGCCGGACCCCGAGGGGCCGCCCGACCCCGCCACCGGGGCGCCGGGCGUGAAGCUCACGGACGGCGCCGGCCGCGCAUCGCCCGACCUGUGGUCCCUCAUCAUGCCGGCCUGGGAGCAGCACCGCGCGGCGGCGGAGGCCGUGCAGGAUGGCGCUGCGGACGCGGUGGCAGGCGGCGGCAGUAGCUUCUCGCGGCGCCGCGCGCGCAGGGCGGCUGCGUACGGAGCGGCGGUGCGGCUCCACCACGCGCUCCUGAGCCCCGCGACCUCGCACAGCAGCUGCGGCCCAGCCGCCGCCACCACCGGCUGUAGCAGCCUCAGCAGCCUCGGCAACCACAGCAGCGGCGCCAGCGGCACCAACGCCUCCUCCCUCACAAGCCCCCACCACCGUGAUUGUCAUUAUCAUGCGGCAGCCAGCGCGGCGCAUCCGCGGGUGAUGGCCAAGGGCAUGCUGUCCCCGGACGCCCGCCUGCCGCCGUUCACGCUGGUGCUGCCCUACAGCUGCGUCAAGGCGCCGGGCAAGGCGCAGCUGGCCGCAUGGGCGGCGGAGGCGGAGGCGGCGCGGCGGGCAAGUGAUGUGGCGUCCAUGACGAAAAUUUUCCUGGAGGAGGCAGAGGGCUGGGCUGAGUUUGGGGAGCCUCAAGGCGGCGAGGACGGUGUGACGGGGCAGGCACGGGCGCGGUCGGCGCCGGGCUCGGUGCCGUGCGGCGGCGGCUCCAGCGGCGGCAUUGGCGUCGGCGUCGCCAGUGGCGUGGGCGUUGGUGGUGGUCCAGGUGGUGGUGGAACUGCUGGCGGGCCCGUGGUGGCGGGUGGCGGCUGCAGCUACUCGGGUGAGGUGCAGCUGGAGCUGCUGACGUGCGGCACGGCGGUGCGGGAGGGGCGGCUCAACCAGAACCUGCUGCCGCUGCUGGCGCACCACGGAGCGCCCCGCCAAUUCUUGUACGAGCUGCUCGACCAGGCCCUGGCCGAGGUGCGCGACGUCACGCGCUCCCCCGCGGCCGCCCUGCGCGCCCUGGGCGGGCUGGAGGGGCGCUUCGCCUGCCUGCGCGAGCGCCUGGAGGCGGGCUGGGGGUACGCACAGCUCAACGCCUGGACCGCGCCGGACGCCCACCUGGUCGCAGAGCUGCAGGAUCUGCAGUCGGCGCUGCUGGCGGGUCUGCGGGACAUGCAGAUCCCGCUGCCGGGCAGCCUCAUGGCAGUGGGCGUACCGGACCACACGGCUCUGCUGCCGCGGCGCUGUGUGGUGCUGCUGGACGACAACGGCCGCUCCGUGGCGCCCGCCGGGCCGCGCCGCUGCCUGCUGUACCGCGACCCGGAGCUCCGGCCGCGAGGCGUGCUGGCGGCGUGGCUGGUGCCGCCGCCGCCAGGGCUCAUGGCGGGCUGGUACGCGGCGGCGGGCGGCGUGCGCUCGGCGCUCAUCAUGCCGGUCGCGGGCGGCGAGUCGCUGGCUGCGGAGAUGGCAGGCGGCGACUACGACGGCGACAUGUUCCACGUCAUCACCACACAGCCGGUGGUGGACGCCGUGUGGCAGCGGCUGGCGCUGCAGCAGCGCGUGCCCCUCACACCGCCACCGCCGGCCUCCAUCCCGCCGGCAGGGAUGUCAGCAGUGGCACCGCCGCUCGUGGCGGGGGCUGGGGCGGUAUGUGGGCUUGUUGGAGGCACUGCGGCGGUGGUGGGCGAUGGUUCCACAUUGCCGCCGACGCAACCGAUCGGCACCGGUAGCCAGCAGGCAACGCAACUACUGACCGCUGCCGCCGUUGCUGCUGUGUCGACGCCAGCAGCAGGAGCAGGAGCAGCCGGCCAGCAGGCUGCCGGUGCUGGUGCUGCGGGCCGCGCCCGGGCCGGCUCGUAUGUGCGGGAGCGGGAGCGGGGCUCGCUGUGGACCCUGCAGCCGCUGGAGGACGAGGAUGGCGAGGCCCGCAUUGAGCAGAUGGUCCACUUCUACCUGCAUGCCCAGGAAUGUAAGGCCGGCAUCGGCAUCUUCCACACCUACUGGCAGCGCUGCACCGAGCUGGCGGCGGAGCGAGGAGGCGGCGUGGGCGGGCGUCUGUGUGAUGCGAUUGCGGGCUGCUACGAGGCAGCCCUGGACGCCAAGAAACACGUUACGCAGCCACGGCUGGCAGAGGACGUCGAGCGGCUGUGCAAGAGCCUGCCGGAUCCCUUCUGGUGCCGCAAGAAUCGCAAGGCCGCCCAGGCGGAUAACACGCAAGCCGAGGACAACCAGCCCGCUCCACAGCAGCAGCAGCCAGGCGGCGACACCGGCGGCGGGUCCGGCGGAGGCGAUGGCCCUGCCAGUCAGCAGCUGUCCGUCAUCGCGGACCUGUACACGCGCAUCAAGCUGCCCGCUGCUUCCAGCGCCCUGGACCUUUUGGGCCUUGCAGUGGCCGGACCUUCCUCCGCCCCAGCCGCGCACCCUCCCCAACACUACCUGUUAAGCCUGAACGGAUUACAGCAGCAGCAGCAGCAGCAGCAGCAGCAGCAGCAACAAGAACAGAAACAGCAAUAUGAGCAGCAGUACGAAGUGCGGCGCCGGCUGUUGGCGGUGGAUGAGCGGCUGGUGCGGGCGGCCAAGGCCUUCCUAGGCGGCGACGAGGCGGUGUGGGCGGCGCUGCAGGCGCGCUGCCUGGCGGCGGUGCAGCGGGAGUGGAGCGCGCCGUGGAGCCGCCACCUGGCGCGGCAGGAGCAGGGACGGCGCGGCGGCGCUGUGCUGCCGCUGAGCGGCAAGGAGGCUCAGCGGCGCGAUGAGGAGGCGGGCGGGGCGCUGCAGAUGGAGCUGGUGCUGGGCUGCCGGCGGGCACUGCUGGCGGCGGCACGGGACCUGCUGCCCGGCCGGCUGCAGCUGGGGGACACUGUUGACGAGGGCCCCGCUUCCGCUCCCCUCCAAAGUGGCGGCGGCGGCGUUGGCGGCGUUGGCGUUGGCGGGCCUGACGCCGCUGCGGAGUUGGACUUCCGGUCUCGCACAACGCUGGCCACCGCGCUGUAUUGCGCCCUGUACAACAAGCGGCGGGAGGAGGACCUCGGCAGGCCGGCGCGGCUGCGGGUGGUGUGGCUGGUGGCGGGUGCUGAGCUCAACUGGGCGCACUGGGUGCUGCGACACAACGGCCGAGUGCCCGCGGUGAAGCUGCAGCUUGGGGCCAGUGCGUAGCGCCGUAGCCGUGGCUGGCUGCGAGGUAGUACGGUAUGUCGAGUGGCCCCUCCUCGGGUUCACGGGUCACUUGCCUGACCAUUGCACCUUGUUAGAGGGGCAUUCCUUGGUGUCUAGCCAUCAGCUUAAUGUACGUAAGUGAUUGUGCACGCCGUAUACGCGGACCUCGAAAAUGCUAUCGGAAAAGGCCCAAGGUGGUCGACAGGCCGCCGCCGCACAACCUUGCUGUUGACACGGGCCUGGCGGCAGACAGACCCAGUUGAUCAGGUUACUGGCAUUUACCACGCGUGCGCAUACAUUACCACGCGUGCGCAUCUUGUUACCGAAUACGUGCGAUGCGGCUGAUGGCGUGCGUGCAGUUAGUUGCUACGUUGCAUUGACCCUUUUAUAUCAGUGGUAGAAGGUUGUGUUGCGUACUUGCGUUGCUCGGUUGCGUUGGGUUAAGCCUUCAUACCGGUAUGCUGGGAGCCAGCAAUGAUGAAUUGCAGUGUGUUGUAACAGUGUGAAUGCUGAUAUCGAUAGGUGGUGUCGUGGAAGAGGAACACGUACAGGGAUACGCGUAGGAAAGGGUUGGGCUCAUUCGCGCGUCCUGGUGUGAACGUCGGGACAGUGUCCCCACGUGUGACACAUGCGCACUGCCGUGGCGGGGCUCUCAAGCGGUGAUGCGCACGAAUUUAUGUCCAACAAAGCUGCCGAUGCAAGCUGUUCAUACCUCAAUUGGAAGAGAGUUGCACGCGGGGUGGGCUGGGUCGAGGGGAUGUCCACGAAUAGGAU